GUUCUAUGUCAAACAAUAUAUUCGUAGGUUAAAAUAUCUAUAUCGUAAUGUAAGAUGGCUAAUUUUUGAGUUUCGUUUACGUCCUAAUUUUGUACAUUUCAGUACGUUAGUGAGCAAAUGUUGUGUAAACUCGGUGAUUUUAUAAACCGACAUUCCCGGUGGUGCUUCAUGAAAGUCACUAGAGAAUGUAUAAAGGCGCUAUAUCAUUAUUUAUCAUUAAUCGAAAUUGAUUGCAUACAUUUCAUCAAAGGUUUCAGUGCUUUUUUUCAAACUACUCUUGAUAGAGGAAGAUUAACAUUUUAAUCAUAUUUCGACACAAUGGUUGAAAAUGCUAAAUGUUGUGUCCUACAAUGGACUGAUCAUCCAAAAUAUAUUACAGAAAAAUUUAGUGGACUAUUGGCACGUCAAGCACUUGUUGAUGUAACACUCGUAUGUGAAGAUCAGAAGCUACGUGUUCAUAAACUGAUUUUAGCAUCAAAUAGUAUAUAUUUCGAGGUAUGCUCAAAAAAUGUAUUUAACUAUGUUAAAGAAUUGACAACUGUGGUUGAUGCCAUGAUGAGUUCUAAUGUAGGAAGUUUUGAAAUCAAUGACAUGGACAAAGAAGUUACUAAAACAAAGAUUAUAAGCAAUACAUGUAAUAAUACAGAUUAUAUACAUGUAAAGUGUAAUGAACUUGUUAAGAACGAGUGCUUUGUACUUUGUAAUAAGAGUAGUGAUGUGAAUACAAGUGAAAAUCAAUCUUCAGAAGGUAAUACAAUUAGUGAUUCUCCUGAACAAGAAUUAGAACAUAUAUUGUAUGAAGAGUCACAAGAUUUUGAAAUUAAUGCAGAACAAACUAAUACAUUAUUUUCAGUAGGUAAUUCUACAAAAUUAAUGGGAAAUGAAAAUUUAAUUCUAUUAACAAAUGAUAAAAUGAAAGAAAUAUCAAAUGAGGAAAUAGAAUAUCCUGGAAAUAGAAUAACAAAUAGUGAUACUUUGUGUACAAAUAACGAAUUAAAACCUAUAUUAUAUGAACAAUGCUGUGAUCUUUCAGAUAUUGACGAAUGUGAAGAAAGUUCUAUGUCAUUAUCACAAUCUUGCCUUCAACAAAUUGAAAAAGACUUUGCACAAUAUAAAUUUGAAGGUGCUGAUGUUCCUAAUAAAGUAGGAAAAUGUAUUAAAGUUUACACUCAUAAAAGACGAAAAUCUAUAGAUGAAAUAAAAAAUAAAUUAACAGAUAUGAAUAACAUAAUUCAGAAUCCACCAUCUACUGAUUGUAUAGACUUAUUGGAUGAGCCGUCCACUACUGAUAUACCAGUUACACUUUUAACAUCGCUAGAUAUGGAGAGUGCUGAAUAUAUUAUAAGUUUAAAUACUAAAAAUAUUCAAUCUAUAGUAGGAACUACUUUAACAGAACAGCAUACAUUAAGCAAAUGUAAAGAAUUAGAAGAAAUUAUUGAAUGUAAUGCACAACAAGAUAAUAUAAAUAAAACAGAAUUAAAUACUCAAGAUACUGAAAUUUCUAAUUGUUCAAAACCAAUAUUACGAAGAAGUUUACGAUUAAAUCAACAAGAAAUAGAAGAAACUAUAAAUAAUAAUGAAACUAUUAAAACUUCUACUGAAAGAAAAGAACAUUUUAAAAAAUCAAAUUUUUCAAAUAAAACGGAAUUAUGUAUUAAAAGAAAACGUAAAAUAAAGGACAUAGAUCGUAAAGUUCCAGAACAAGUUAUUAAUAAUGUAAUACAACCUAUUAAGAAAACAUUUAAUAAUUCUCGUAGAAAUACAAAAUUAAUUGUUAAAAAAAAUAAAUGUAUAAUAUCUAAUAAAGAAAAAAAUGAGCAAACAGUUAAAAUAACAAGUAAAUUAAAAUGUGGCAUAUCAGAAACAACAAAUAUUGAUUCCAUUUUUACGUUACCUAAAUUAAAUACAAUAGAACAUAUAAAUCGUGCAUUAUGGGGUGAUAUGACAGAUUUUGCAGAAGAUUAUAAAAAUAGAAUAAAUUUGCUAGAAAAUUCACCAAAUACAGAAAUUCCAUUUGCAGUUGGUUUAUUACCAUUACGUACUGCUUUAGAAAAAAUGCAAGCAACACCAGAUUAUCAACCUCGCAAAACUCGUUCAUCUGUAGCACCAAUAAGACAAGAAAUUAAUAAUCUUAAGAGAAAGAAUUGUACUCAUUUAGUUAAAGUUACAGAUUCAAAAAAACAAAAUAUGUGUAUUAAUGAUCCAAAAGAAAAUGCAAAAGCAGUUUGUCAUAUUCAAAUUAGAACAGCGCCAUCACAGUACGUACGAACUCGUAAAAAAUAUCUUUCGACAGAUAUAAAUUCAUUGGAAUCGCCGAUUAUAAUUAAUAAAAAUUAAUAAGUAUUAAAGAAUUACAUAAUGAUAAUAAUUCAAUAUAAUAUUCUUGAAUGUGAAUGUCAAAGGAUAAAAGAGAACGCAUAAUUUUAUGCAUGUUAUUUUAUAUUUUAAAAAACAUAUUUUUAAUAUGGAACUUCUUGUAUAUAAAACACAGAUAUAAAAAAUAGAUAUGCGAUAAACUAUUUAGGUACAUGUAGUUCCUUGAUUUCUAUAAGAAUUCAAGAUAUAUUUUUUUUAUUUUAUUUGAGCGUAUAUGUAUACGCGCAUGUGCUUACUUGGCCAUAUUUUUUAAUUUAUAUUAAAUAUUUCUAUACGUGUAUUAAAUACUAUUAAGAAAAUAAAUAUAAUUAUUUUCUUCAUUGAAUGAAGAAAUAUUAACUCUCGAUAAAUAAAUAUAUUUUUUGUAACUUCC